CUUGUCCAGAUCUUACAAGUAUUUUCCACCCAUUCUCUCUCCCUUUCGCCCUUGCAUACACACAGAAGUGACAGGACAGGACCCCAUAAGCCACAAAAUCCUCAUAUCAAGCACUGUGUUUCUUCUAUAUUCCUCACACAUUUGACAUCAUUGCAAAUACAACCCACUUAAUUUUCUCUCUCUCUCUCUAAAAAAGAAAAAAAAAAAGCCUUCUAGGCCAAGAGGAGAGAAAAACCUUUCAUGGAUUCUUUGCUACUAUCACUCAACAUUAAUCCCAAGUCAUCAAACCCCCCACCUCUUUCUCAAUGCCUCCUACCAAGAUACAACCUCAACAAAUCCAAAAAUCUCCUCUUUUUAAACAAACCCUUUUCACCGAAGCCAAGAACAUCUAUAAACUGCUCUUCAGUCUCAAGCUUAACCCCACAGUUGGAUAAAUUACCAGCUCAAACUCUAGUUUUCGAGGAAGAAAAGGAGGAGGAGAAGGAGGAGGAGGAGCCUCUUUGUGAAAUUUGGAAGGAAAUUCAAGGCUGCAAUGACUGGGAAGGACUUCUAGACCCCAUGAAUUCCCACCUCCGAAAUGAAAUAAUCAGGUAUGGAGAAUUUGCACAAGCUUGCUAUGAUUCCUUCGAUUUUGACCCUCACUCCAAGUAUUGUGGCACAUGCAAAUACCAAGGAGCCCAUUUCUUCGAAAAGCUUGACAUGGCUAACUGUGGAUACGAAAUCAGCCGCUACUUAUACGCAACUUCAAACAUCAACCUGCCCAAUUUCUUUCAAAAAGCCAAGAUGAGCAGCGUUUGGAGCACCCAUGCAAACUGGAUGGGCUAUGUAGCAGUCACCACCGAUGAAGAAGAGGUCAAAAGGCUAGGGCGUCGUGAUAUUGUUAUUGCAUGGAGAGGCACAGUCACCUACCUUGAAUGGAUAUCUGAUCUCAAGGAUAUUCUCCACCCUGCUAACUUUGGUGAUGACCCAACAAUCAAGAUUGAAACAGGGUUCUAUGAUUUGUACACAAAAAAAGAAGAUGCUUGCAAGUAUUGCUCAUACUCAGCUCGUGAACAAGUUCUAGCUGAGAUCAAGAGGCUUACUGAUUACUAUAGAGGUGAAGAAAUUAGUAUCACAAUCACUGGGCAUAGUCUUGGUGCUGCUUUGGCUAUAUUAAGUUCUUAUGAUAUAGCUGAGAUGAGGCUAAAUAUUGUGCGUGAUGAUGAGUGUGUGACAAAUAAAAUUCCCAUCACAGUGUACUCCUUUGCAGGUCCUAGAGUGGGUAACCUUAAAUUUAAGGAACGGUGUGAUGAGCUUGGAGUUAAGGUACUAAGAGUGAUUAAUGUGCAAGAUAAAGUACCAAAUGUGCCUGGUAUUAUAGCAAAUGAGAAAUUCCAAUUUCAAAAGUAUGUGGAGGAUGCUAUGUCAUUUCCUUGGAGUUAUGCUCAUGUUGGAGUGGAACUUGCGUUGGAUCACACUCAUAGUCCAUUUCUAAAGCCCACUAAUGAUAUGGGUUGUGCACACAAUUUGGAGGCUCAUAUACACUUGGUGGAUGGGUACCAUGGCAAGGGGAGGAGGUUUUGCUUGGUGAAUAAGAGAGAUAUUGCACUUGUCAACAAGUGUUGUGAUUUCUUGAAGAGUGAGUACGGUGUGCCACCAUGUUGGAGGCAAGAUGAGAACAAAGGGAUGGUGAGGAAUGGUGAUGGGAGAUGGGUUUUGCCAGAGAGACCUAGAUUGGAGGCACACCCUCCUGAUACUGCUCACCACCUUGAGCAAGUGCUCAAGAUUGCUCGUUCUAAUAAUGAUGGUUGAGUAAUAAUAAAGCACAUUAAUUGAUCGUUUUAUUUUUGUUCUAUGGUUUCUUAAAGUUGUGGCAUUGUACAAGCUGCAAGAUGUAACUCACCAUUCACCUCAAUAAAAGUUCACCAGAAAAGACUUG